UACUUUUACACCGGCAGUGGAGGUCGAAUAAUUGACCACAAAAAAAAAAAAAAAAAAACUUCAAGUCGUAGUGAUUCCUGAUGUGCUGCGACUCGGCCACAAUAUUGGAGGAAUGCGCUUUUGUCGCUCGCUGGGGGUGGAGUUACAAAGUGAACGAGCGCUGCCUACCAAACAGAGAGAAGAGAAGGAGGAGAGAAAGAGAGAGGAGGAGAGAGACGGGUGGGCAGGCUGCUCACCGUAAACGAUGGUUGUCGGAUAGAGUCUUGAAGACCUAAUGAAACUGGCUGGUUGAAUUGUUUGCAGCGACUACAGAGCCUCGGCAGACCCGCGGCGUGCUUUGCAUCUUUCGGAGUCUUGAAACUGCAGCAGCACGUAGAUAACAAGAACACUUAAGAAAAAAAAAGACGAAGAAGAGGACUUGCUUAAUCAGAUAUAUUUCCCUCCACCACCACCACCACCUUUAAUUUCCCUUUCACGUAAGCGGCGCACAACUCUUUCUCAGAGGACAGGAGCGUUUCAUGCCCGGGGGAAGACCGACCUCCUGCUUGGACCCACUACCGGCCUCCCACACUUCUCUGGCGGGCUCAGAAGCAGCAGUUCCCGGCAUUUGCUGGGAUGUUUGAGUCUCGUUGUUUGGUGGUGGGGUGAAGGGACCGAGAGAGUGGCCGGAGAGACCGAAGAGAGGGGGGAAACGGAGGCCGAGAGAGAGGGAGAGUGGAGCCGAGAGCAUGGCUCUGGUAGCGCUGUCUCUCUGGGUGCUAACGAGUCUCACCUGGGCGAACCUGUUCCAGGUGUCAGCCAACAGGCAUUCCGUUUACUGGAACAGCUCCAACAUACAUCUGCGCAGGGAGGGCUACACAAUGCAGGUGAAUGUUAACGACUACCUGGACAUCUACUGCCCUCACUACAACGACAGCCAGCGCAUGGUUGGCACCGGAGAGCAGUACGUCCUCUACAUGGUCAGUUACCGUGGUUACAGGAACUGCGACCCCCAGAUGGGCUUCAAGAGGUGGGAGUGUAACCGACCUCAUGCCCCCCAUGCACCCAUCAAGUUCUCUGAGAAGUUCCAGCGCUACAGCGCCUUCUCGCUGGGCUACGAGUUCCACGUUGGACAGGAGUACUACUACAUCUCCACGCCCACCCACCACCACGGCCGCAGCUGUCUGAGACUACGAGUGUAUGUCUGCUGCUCCACGGCCUCUGAUGUGGAUGAUGAGCCAGAGCCUACAGAACCAGACUACACGCUUAGACCAGGCCUAAAAAUUGACGAUAUUGAUGAAUUUAACCCCUUUGUUCCCAAGCUGGAGAAGAGCGUCAGCGGAAGCAGCCCAUCCAGGGAUCGCCUUCUCCUCACCGUGACGAUGCUCCUUCUGGCCGUUCUCUUCAUCUCCUAGCAACGGCCAUCCCAUCAGCGUCACCAUGCCAACUAGCCUUGGGAGGGUGUACAGUAUCAGUGGGUGGGAGAGGAGUGGGGGGGUGGGGUGGGGGGCCUGGGUGGCCUGGGGGGAGUCAAGAGAGGAGAGGAUAGGAGAGGAGAGGAGAGUUAAGAUAUUGCAAAUAGAGCAGGAGGCAAGAGGAGCAAGACUUUGAAAUGAGAGUUUUCAAGCAUCACAGUGUGUGUGUGUGUGUGUGUGUGUGUGUGUGUGUUUGUACAGCUGCGUGUUUGAGGUGUGUGGAGUUGAAAGACCUUCAGGCGCUCGGUGACACAGACUGAACCGUAUAUUGCAUAAAAGUCAGCCUGUGCACACAGAUGCAGGUGUGGGUAGACUGUGUGUGAGUGAGCGUUUGUGUGUGUCUGUGUGUGUGUCUGAACAGGCCACAGGUUGAGCUUGUUGAAUCAUGCACACCACACAAAGCAUUUAUACAACAGGAGUGGGGCGGGGCUGAAAUCCUAAUAAAAUGAAGAAAAGGCAUCAAAUCCACCCACCCAAUUGAAAACCAUUUGAAGACUUUCCCCUGGAUCUGAUUGGCUAUAACACUUCCUUAGGGCUAGUUGCCAUAGUUUCUUGCAACAAGACUUAAACUGAACUCAAAUGAACUGAAUCAAAUAGAUUUCAGUGGAAUUGAACUGAAAUUGCCUUUUUUUUUUUCUUCUUCUUCUUCUUCUCUCUUUUUUUUUUUUUUUGUUGAUGUUAUUGUUGUUGAUCUUGAUGCUGGGAACUUGUCCCAGUACACAGAGCGGAAAAAAAGGAACCAGCUGAUGAACUGCGCUGGUCCUGUGUAGGAGACUAGUCAAAGUAGCUGAUAGUUCAUACACAAACACAUCCUGGGACUCCAGACGCCAGUGUUUUAGUUGCCAUCUCCACUCUGCUGUGUCAUCCUGUGUUCACCAUCAGUCUCUAAAAACGACAAUGUGACUGGACGGGGUCGGGGUGGGGGGAGGAUACAGAGCAUUUAAACGAUGAAUCAUUCACUUAAACAUCAUUUGAUGAGGAAAAAAAAGAAAGGGAGGAGGAACUUAGAUGUGCCAUUGACACAGAAACCGGAAGGGGUUUAUUGAUGUUAUAAGUUGCUGUGUUACUUUUUCUGUCCUGUCUUUGAAGUACUUGGUUAGUCCUCUGUCAUCUCCGAGGUUAACUAAAGCACACGAUGGCUCCAGAGCAGCCAUGGAUACACUCAGCAAUACUGCCCUCCUCUCAACCCGACUGCAAGCUGUUUGGAGGAAAGAAAGAGGAGCUGGUGAGGAGGGAUGACAGAGGAAGAACAGGCACUCACACAAGCAUCAAAGGACAGAUCCAGUCCCGGACAAUAAGACGCUAUCUACUGGUCUAUGUUGGUGUAGCAACCUGCACUACCAAUCUCAUCUCUGUAAACUCAUUUGUCAGAUGCCACAUGUAAACAGUUUUCUGUUUUCGUACAAGUGUGUUUGUGUGUGCCUGAGAGAGGAAAAACAUAUGUCUGAGUGUGCCAUGUGUGAGUGUUUGAGUGAGAAUAUUUUAAAUGGUACUAACAGCCUGAAAAUACAUCCACAUACUGUACAUCUUAUAAGUAUGAAAAUGCAAAAUAAAAUAAAAAAAAACAAAAAACAAAACACAACUAAAGCAACAAGUAAUACAUAAAAACCAAGUGCUUUGGUGAGAGGUACUGCAUUUCAAAACUCAAAAAACUCUACCAGUCGGUUGCUUCAGAAUAGCGUUUCCAUAGCAACUAGCACCUUAUUCACCAUGGUUACCCUACCCUGCCAAUGAUGGACUCUAGUAGGGCAUGGCUUACCAUAGUAGCUGAUAACAAUGAUGAAGGUGAUGAUGAUGAUGAUGAUGAUAAUGAUGACAAUGGACUGCGACCCAACUGUUGGACGACCUGGUCACAUGGCGGCACAGGAAACGUUCAAGUACCCGUGUAAAUGUCAAAACGGACAGAGAAUGGAAUUACAAUGCUUUGAAAUCUGCCGAGAUGAAAUGUGAUGUAAGCAUUUUUACAAACUUGAAGCUCAGUUUCCUUUGUGGUUGUUUUGUUUUGUUCUUAUCAUUUUUUAAUUAUUCUGUUGAGUUUGUUGUGGUGUAUAGUUGGUUAUCUUGAGGGGUAAGUCGGUGUUUAAAAAGUUGGAAAAUUGGGUGGGGUUGAGCCAUAUGUAAACCUGUGCUGCACUCUGUGAAUCUCAAAUUUACAGUCAAACUAUCUCGCAGAGAAUAACUUUUUUGUUUUUAAAUUUUUGUUUCUGGACAUUUUUGUCUAAUUUUCUUGUCUCCUUAAAGGGACUCAUUAGAUGUAUUACUCAGCCUAAGAAAACUUGUCACAGAAUCCGGGUAAUUAACCCUGAUGAUGUCACAAGGGUUAACUCAGACUUAUCCUGAAACCUUAACAGACAACCUGUGUUAGAAGCGAGAACCUCGAGAUUUGAAAAAUGAAGGUAUUUAGCAGGCAGGGAUGGACUAACAAUCGAUGUUAUCAAGUUUUCUUGCGAGUUUCCCAAUUAUGUGGGAGUGCAAUACUAAAUUGUCAGGGAAACUCUUUGAAACAAAGCUAUGUCGUUAUCAGAAUCUGUUUACAUGGUACAAUAAUAAUAUGUCUGGUCCAGGCUGUGACCAAUUCAACCAAAAGGGUGGUUAUUCUCCCUUUUAGAGUCCUGAACUGGUCAAAUAAAGUAGUAAAUACAUUUUUGAAUUCAUAGAAAUGUAUUAGCUCUCGUCACCCUAACAAGAGCAUCUUUCUAUGGAAACAACUAAGGGUCCUGUAGUUUUGGAGCAUCACUGAGCAUAUCUGACUAUAAUACAGUGUGUGAACCAGUCCAGGUGUAUGUAUGGCUCUUGGUGGGAGGGAGAGGUAGGAAAGGUUUGGGUUCUGGUGUUGAGGGGGAGGAUCGAAGAGCUGUGCAAGAGGGAAAAUCACUCUUCAAGAAGUUGCACUUAAGAACUUAGACACGAGAGCAAGAAAGUGCGUGUGUGCAUGUCUGUUUGUGUGUCCAUCUGAAUGAGUGUGUGUUUGUCAGGGGGGAGUAAGAAUCAGAGUUCAUUUCUGUUAAUCACUUCAUGGCCAUGUGCGGGAGCUUUAGCAUGAGAUGCUGUCUGUCUUUGUGUGUACCGAUGUCAGUGUGGGCGCGCGUGUGUGUGUGUAUGUAUGUAUGUAUGUAUGUAUGUGUGUGAAUGGAUUAGUGAGCGAAUGAGUAACAGUCUCUUUGUUUCUGCUCUUUCCAUGUGUGUACGUGCGAGAGAGUGUGACUGAUUGUUGUCUGGCAAAACAACAAAAGCAUUUAAUAGUGUUGGAAACAACAAUUUACAAUCAUGUUUACCUUCGACUGGAAUGACUUUAAAUGAACUUGAAAAUAAACUGUAAACUGAACAAACCAUAACAGAGGUUAUAACAAUGAUCAUGAUAACAAAAUAAUAAGCUUACAAAUCUUACUUUUAA